CUUCAAGGCCGAAUGCGAAGCGGAUGUUAAGUUUUCGUAGUCAGUUCAGUACAACGGCCUGGAAAGGAUACACGUGCUCUAGCUAUGAACACCAAGGUUGAGAUGCAAUGUAUGCCUCUGGAGCUUCUCAUCCAAAUCGCGGAAUCCCUCGGCGGCGCCAAUCUCCGCCGGGAUGCCCGUCUAUUAACGUUGUUCAAGGCCUGGUACGCCGCCGCCCGUCCGGUCUACUACUCUGGCCGAGACCAGACCAUGCUCAGACUCCCUGAGGCUGCAGUCAUGCGUUUCGCUACACAUGACCGGCGCACACAAGACCUUGUUCUCCUGAAUACGAAGAGUGUGCGUAUCAGGCUCCGCGGACACCAUUGGGAUACGAACAUAGGCUACACCUGGCAAUUCCUUGGAGACGCCGGCUCUGGGCCAAAUCAACCCCCGACAUGGUGGUCACGCGAGCUGGGGACCAAGGCACUCAGUAACUGGCGCCAGGACCUCAAUAGUAACCUACAUGUCAUCGGAUUGCUACUCUCGGACAUCGAACAUCUUGAUAGAGUUGAACUUGCAGCGUCAAGCGAGCUUGAUCCUGAUAUCGGACCGCGCUGGGACUAUCUUGAUAAUUCUUCUAUCGUUAGCAUCGUGUGGGGCUUGAUUGGACGGCACCUUACCAGCUUCACUCUGGAUACUUGCGGAUCCGAGCUCGUAACAUCCGAAGGACAACGCCCCAUCCACGUGUGUCCUCUAGUCGCUCAGUGCCUCCCCACUAUCGAGAACGUUCGGCUGCGCAUGCGCCAUAUCUGCCCUGAAGUAUUCCCAAUAGACGUCGAGGACCCCGACUCCCAUCGUCUCCGCAGCCUGGAGAUAAAGAUGCAUAUUCCUGCUUUCCCAGACGCUACAGUCGCACCACGGCAAGAGCUCCAUUACCGUGCAGCUCCUUGUCCUAUGAACCCUACGCUCAGUGGGGGCGAUGAUGGUACCGAAAGGCUCCUUGUAGAGAUGGUCAACGCAGGAAGGAAAUUCGCUUUGUCGUUUGAUGAUGAUACGGCGAGGACGAUUAUCAUAUCCGGUAGAGUUCUUGGGGACAGCCUCAGACUUUUCGCAGAGGAGUGCCUAACUGGCAAACUUUUGUAUCCGUGGUAUUUGCAAGCGCCUGAUGACGAUGGAAACUCGACCUGGUGGGUAUUGCAAGAGGACUGGUCAUCAGGAAGAAAUGGUCGUCAUUCUUCGUGAAGGGAUAUCUUGGACCGAGAAGAUGAAGGUCUCAGUGGCUAACAGUAACGGAUUUUGUCCAAAACAGCAGAGAUAUAGCAAGGGGGAGAUGAGACAGGUAGCUAUAUAGC